GUUAAAACAUUGGAAAUCUGAUCUUAAACUGUCCGCAAUGGACUUCCAUAUUUUAUGUUUUAUUCUCGUCGUAAUUUUGACAUUCCAUAACCCAUGUUAUUCGGAUAAAGGGUAUUACGGAUUUAUGAAAGAUGCAACAUUAGCACCAACUUAUGCUCGUUUCGACUACAUAAUCAUCGGAGGAGGAACCUCAGGGUGUGCAUUAGCCGCAACGCUCUCUCAAAACGCCAACGUUCUGGUUCUUGAACGUGGCGGCUCUCCCUAUGACAAUCCCGCGGCUAUGGAUAUCGAAAACUUUGCCAACACACUCUUAAACACCACACCUAAAGCUUGGUCGCAGCUUUUUAUAUCCGAGGACGGCGUUUACAACCAUCGUGCGCGUGUCCUUGGUGGAGACUCGGUGCUGAACGCUGGGUUUUACUCACGUGCGGAGAAGUCUUACGUGAAGAAGGCUGAGUGGGAUAUAGAUGAAGUGGAAGCUGCUUACGAGUGGGUCGAGGAGAAACUUGUGUUCAAGCCACAAGUGAUGGGGUGGCAAUCAGCACUGAGAGAUGGGCUUUUGGAAGCUGAGGUGGUUCCAUACAACGGUUUCACGUACGAUCAUAUCAAUGGGACUAAGAUCGGCGGUACGAUCUUUGACCCUGCCGGCCAUAGACACUCGGCUGCAAAUCUAUUAGAGUAUGCUAAUCCGGACAAGAUUGUUGUCUACUUGCACGCUCUUGUUCACAAAAUCCUCUUCACCACCAAAGGAAGAGAGAGGCCUAAGGCGUACGGAGUAAUAUAUGAGGACGCUAAUGGAGUGUACCACAAGGCGGAGCUUGCGAAAAACGCAAUGAACGAGGUUAUUUUGUCUGCCGGCGCCAUUGGUAGCCCACAACUAUUGAUGUUGAGUGGUAUUGGUCCUAAGUCCCAUCUUGAGUCCCACAAGGUGGAUCCAGUGGUUCUCGAUCAACCCAUGGUUGGGCAAGGGAUGGGAGAUAAUGCGAUGAACUCUGUUAUCGUUCCUUCUCCUCAACUUGUAGAACUGUCCCUCAUAGAGGUCGUUGGAAUCACUAACUUCGACGAUUUUAUUGAAGGUGGAAGUGGCUUAAACCUCUCUUGUAACUUGACCCGUAGGUUUUUCGAUGUUAUGAACGAGAAUCUCUCAACUCAAUCCUUGGAUCUUCGAUUGAACAUUAUGGAAAAUUUGGGCGUGAUCUUCCACAAAAUCGACGGACCGGUCUCUAGAGGUUACUUAGAACUCCGGAACACAAACCCAGAUGAUAACCCUUCAGUGACAUUUAACUACUACCAAGAACAAGAAGAUCUUGAUAGAUGUGUUAAAGGACUUGAAACCAUUAUUAAAGUGAUAAAUUCAAAGACUUUCUCCAAGUACAAGUACCCUGGUGUGACCGUGCAUGAGCUGUUAGGUCUCAUGUUGGGCCUUCCCACCAAUCUGAGGCCGAGACACUUGAGCUCAAUUUUCAACUUGAAGCAGUUUUGCAUCGACACUGUGAUGACUAUUUGGCAUUACCAUGGAGGUUGCCAAGUUGGAAGAGUGGUCGACAAGAAUUACAAAGUCUUAGGCAUAGAUGCCUUAAGGGUCAUCGAUGGAUCCACAUUUCUCAAGUCUCCGGGGACUAAUCCACAAGCCACGGUCAUGAUGCUCGGAAGGUAA